CGACAGCCCGGGGAGCCGCAGCCUGCGUCCGGCCGGCCGCGAAGGCGUCGCGACGCCCGCGCUCUCCGGCCCCCGCACGGCCCCGCGAGGAAGCGUGGCCGCGCGCCCCAACAUGGCGGGCCAUCUGUUGACGGCGCUGCUGGUGGUCGCCUGGCUGUCCGCGCAGGGGGCGGCCGACUCCGAGCAGGCCGCGGGGCCCGUGGAGCGCAGCCUGGUGCAGCCCAUGACGGCCUCCAACUGGACCAUGGUGAUGGAGGGCGAGUGGAUGCUGAAAUUUUAUGCUCCUUGGUGUCCGUCCUGCCAACAGACUGAUUCAGAAUGGGAGACAUUUGCAAAGAAUGGUGAACAACUUCAGAUUAGUGUUGGGAAGGUAGAUGUCAUUCAAGAACCAGGUUUGAGUGGCCGCUUCUUUGUCACCACUCUCCCAGCAUUUUUUCAUGCAAAGGAUGGGAUAUUCCGCCGAUACCGUGGCCCAGGAAUCUUUGAAGAUCUGCAGAAUUAUAUCUUAGAGAAGAAAUGGCAAUCAGUUGAGCCUCUGACUGGAUGGAAAUCUCCAGCUUCCUUAACAAUGUCUGGCAUGGCUGGUCUUUUUAGCAUCUCUGGCCAAAUAUGGCAUCUUCACAACUAUUUCACUGUGAACCUGGGAAUUCCUGCUUGGUGUUCUUACGUCUUUUUCGUCUUAGCCACCUUGAUUUUCGGCCUUUUCAUGGGUCUGGUCUUGGUGGUAAUAUCAGAAUGUUUCUAUGUGCCGUUCCCUAGGCAUCUGUUUGAACGUGUUGAACAGAAUCGGGGGUCAGAGGAGGCUCAUAGAGCUGAACAGGAUGUAGAGGAGGAGAAAGAUGAUUCUAAUGAAGAUGAGAACAAGGACAGCCUUGUAGAUGAUGAAGAAGAGAAAGAAGACCUUGGAGAUGAGGAUGAAGCCGAGGAAGAAGAGGAAGAAGAUAACUCUAAUUCUUGUGUGGAUGAGGAAAAGGGUGACACUCAGGAUCAGGGGCCUUUGAGAGAGACCCAGGAAGAGGCAGACUCUGAUGGGACUGGAGACCUCCCUGAGCAGCCCCCUGCAGCUGCCUCAGAGGUGCCAGAAGAGAUGCUGAGGAAGCGCAAAAUUCCACAUGCUAGUAAGGGACCAUCAGUGUGAUGCAGUAUUCCCAAGGAAACAGACCAGAGGCAUACUUCGACUUCCCUCUGCUCUGCUAUUCAAACCAAAUCCUUUUCCUGAAUGAGCAAGCUUCUCUUCAAAAAAGAUCUCUACUCAUGUGAUCUCGUGGCAUUAAGCUUCAUAAACAUUAUGAGAAUGUUAUGGGCAGGACAAUCAGGAUAUAGACAAACAUGGUGUUAGCUUCCUUUGGGGGGACUUCGGUGGGGCACAAGCUCUUUUCAUUGGGACUAUAGCAUCUUUGACAGAGGAUUUAAACCCCCUCAUUAGCACAAUCCGAGGCAAGACUCAGGUCCUCUGCGACAAAAAUAAAUGUCCCAAGCAUCCUCAAAGUGCAGCAGAGGUCUUGCUUCUCUUCUUAGGUUGAGUAUUAAUUUUUGUCAGACUCUUAGAAACAUCAGUAUAGUACAUGGCACACAAUUUUAGAAAUAUAAAUUGAGAAGGCCCGACAGGGUAUUGUAGCUUAGAGAUCAUCACAGUGUUCUAAAUGUCCUUGUUAAAUUUUAUUUCUUGAAGUUUUCCAGCUUCCCACUGUGGGCCUACUGGCUUCCCACACUUUUCACCAGACUUCCUUCGUAAGAGAAAGCCAACAAAAGACAGCAGCCAACUUGCCGUCAGUUGCCUUUAUUCCAGCUUAAGACUUGAGACAAUCAGGAACCACAGUUCAUGAAGCCAUGACUGCCAGGCAUCUUGAAUGAAAUGUUGUAAUCUUUGGAGAUUCAAAAGGAAGUAGAGGUUUUACAGGAUUUUUUUUUUUUUUGCCACAAUGUAGUAGAUUUUUUUCCCCAGAGUUCACUUAACAGUAUUCUUUUUGAAGCACAAAGUCUUUCCUGGUAUAAGGGAGUCUUGUGAAGAAACCUUAAAUGCUGUGUUGUUUGAUUUUCAUCUCAAGGGGUUCUCUGGCUCUUGAGCCACUCUAAUAAUAACUGAAAAAUAUCAUUUCUGGUUUUCUUUCUGUGAUGUGCUUUUGGUGAAAGAAUUAAUGAAAGUGAGUAUCUGGAAAUGAAAGAUUUUGUUUCAUUUCCUUCUUUCUUAAUCUCAUAUAGAAUUGUAUCCCUGUAAAUCUCUCAAUACUCAAUCUACCCUAAGUACCCAGGGGGCCCAGUUUCUUUUUGAAAAAUCCAUACAUCUACUGCUUACCUGAUUUAUGUCCUAGAAUAAAUGCAUAGAAUUAGAUUUCAAGUUUAUGAAAGAUGACUAGAGUUGAUCCUGUUCCCCUUGAGUCCAGACAGAAUAAUAAGUAGAACAGGUUUAUGAAAUUCAAAAAGUUUCUGUCAUCUUUAAAAAGAAAUAUGCAGCAUUCUUCUUCCUGACUGUUUAGAUAACCCUUUCCUGUGUUAACUUACUCUGAAGGCAGGCUCACAUACGAUGAGGUUCUGAAACUUUCUCUACAUUAGUUUAGUUGAAUAAACUCAUAGCAAGCCUCACACAAAGAGUUUUUAUUCUGGCAAAAUUUAGAUUUUAGAGAAAUGAACAACUGAGAGACUUUGGUCUUCACCUGCCCCUCCCACCAUGCAGGUCUCUGCCGCAUCCUCACCCGAAGUGCCGCAGUUUUGAUAGUUCUGCCUCCCAGAGAGCAGGAACUGGUUCAGAUUUGAGCUGGACCUGCCUCCUGUCACUGUGUAGCUUCCUCUUAGAAGCAGCCAAAACAAAGCUUUCAGAAUGAUGAAGUUCCCAUUCAGAGAUAUGGAAGGAGUUCAGAUAGACCUCUUGCCACACGAAAAUUGUGUGUGCUCACCAGUCAACUUGCGUGUGCGCCUGUGCACAUGCCAACUGGAUUACUGAAAACCAGAAGAGUGAGAAGGGAAAAAAAAAAGCUAUUUUAGCUUUUUAAAAAUGUAAGGCUAAUUUCCAAAUGUACCCCAGAUAGCACCUAAUUAAAAAGAAAAAGGUCUUUUCUUUCUCAUUAAAAAUAAUUUGAGGGAGGGGAGAGAAACCUGUUAGGAGGGUCUGUUAAAAUUUUUAAUUUUGAGACUGUAGGAACCAUUUUUCAUUUUUAAAAAAGUAGAAGUUUUAUUGAUAGUCUGAUAAGUACCUAAUUUUAUUUCUUUCCACUUAAGGUCAUUAAGUUUAUUUUCAAAUGUAAAAUAAAACUAAAGGGGAAUUGUUAGCCAAAAAUAAUUUAAAAUUAGACUGAACAUUUGAAGGGAUUUUUUAUAAAUUUUUUUCUGUAACUAAUGUUUUUAGACCAGAAUUCAACUCAAUGACAACUGGAUUUUAAAAUUAAAUAAUAAUUGGACAUCCCUGUGUUGUAAUUUCAGUUAUUUUUUUCCCUUAUAGUGUUUAUGUUAAAUCCUAAUUUGAAUAAUUAAAUAUAUAAAUCUGCAUUUUAUAAUAGGGGUACCAUACUUCAUAUAUUAGUAAUAGGAGUAAAGUACCUUUUCAUUGUUUAGAAGGAAAGUUUGAAAUAUCUUUCUAUUUUUUUCUAUUUUCUUAAUUAUUCUUCUUGUUCUAGAUCUGCAAAACCAUCCCAACUUGACUAGAGAGCUCAUAUGGACAGAACAUAUAGUCAUUCCUCUUCCUUUGAAAUAAAAAGGUUGGUUUUGGGGAGACGCAGGACUCACUUAACUUGCUGUACUUUGUACUGCCUGGUCAAGAAUCUGUUCUCAUAAACAUGGUCUCUGUUAGAUUCAGACCUCUAAUAUUAAAAAAAAAAUUCACAAUUGCUAUAGUGGUCAAUAAACAAGCUUUGGACAGUCUGUUUGAUUUUUGACUCGGAGAAAGCCAAAUUUUAACUUGUAUUUCCUAAACCUUUGUUUGGUAGCCGUGGUUGCUAAACAUUUAGAAGAUACUUAUGUCUACGGAGCCUGAGUGUUAUCACAGUCUUUGGAGUAAAUGAUUUAAAAAUGUCUUUCCAGGAAAGUUUAUUAUUAAAGCAUUCAAGAGUUAAUCCAUUGAGAAAUAUUCCCCCAGAGUAGAAAAAAGGAGGGUGUACAUCUUAGUUAUCAGCAUAAAAUCUUAAAAUGGUAUGAAGUGAAAGAAAGAACGGAGAAGAAGGUUCAUUUGCUAAUGUAUAACAGUGUUUUAUCUAUAUUCUUCAUCACAGUGUUGAAGUGUUAUUUCUGCUAGUGUUAUAAAAAUGUGUAACUGACUGAUCCUACCAAAUAUAACGUUUUGGGAAGUGUUCGUGUCAGUCUUUUGUGCCAACAGUUUCCUUCUUAUUUAGUGGUAUCUUGUUACCUCAGUCCUGUUUUGGUCGUCUUGAGAAGAUUAUAGCUUGUUUUGAAAAGCCAAACUGGAGUCAGCUCUGAUGCAUGUUGAGGGGGGAAGCUAGGUGAAAGCUUUUCUGAAUCAGGAGGCUCAGGUAAAAGGCCUUUGAAAGCUUCAGAUCAGGAUGUGACUGUCAGAUACUCUCAUUCUCAGUAAAGUUUCAUGUGAACUGUGAUGAUGUAUAAGUGGGCUCAUAGCUUUGUCAGAUUUCAAUGUAGUUUAAUCAUAUUUGUUAACAACUGUAGCUUCUUUGUGCAGAUGCCAUUUUUAUACUAAAAUGUUUUGUGAUACAUUAUAAAUUUGUUAUUUAUAUUAUUUUUAAUAGGCUUUGUUCUUUAGCCUAGUGAUAUAUUUAAUUAUUUUUCUCUUCAUAUUUGUUUUACUUCCUCAGAUAGCAUCUAUAGCAACUGGAAUUGAAAAUCAAUAUAAGAGUUUCAAGCAGUGAAUAGCGUGAAUUACAACUUAACACAAAUUUGUACAUAUUCUUUGAUAUUUUGUUUUUAUUUUAUUGUAAAUUUCCAUUUGUAUCGAAAUCUUAUGAUAGUGAAAAGUAAGGUAAAAUGUUGUGAUGCUUUUCAUGUAUUUUCACAAAAAUUUGCUUAAGCAAUGAAAAUAUUUGUUAAAAUUAUUUUUUCCUCUG